ACAAUUUAUUUUCUCCUUUAGGAAGAAAAUAUUGAAAGUAUGUUGAUGUGGUGGACAAUUGUUUCUUCUCUUGGAUGCAUUUUAUUGAAUGCAAAAGGAUGGCCAGUAAAAGAAGGACAUGACCUCAGAUCAUUUCAAGCUCUUAUGCGAUUACGCCACAAGCAGGAAAGGAGUCCUGAACAUUCAAGAAAUAAAGGAUCUGUGAAUCAUGGUGUUCUUCCUGGAUCAUGUGAAAAUAAGUAUUGUGGCUUGGGUAGGCAUUGUGUCAUCAACAGAGAAACAGGACAAGCAGAAUGUGCCUGCAUGGAAUAUUGCAAGUCUCAUUACAAGCCUGUUUGUGGUUCUGAUGGUGAAUUCUAUGAAAACCACUGUGAAGUGCACCGGGCUGCCUGUCUGAAAAAUGAGAAGAUUACUAUUGUCCACAAUGAAGAUUGCUUCUUCAAAGGGAACAAUUGCAAUUCCAUUGACUACAACAAGAUGAAAAAUUUCCUGCUGGAUCUACAGAACAGAAAAUAUAGUCUACAAACAAAAGAAAGCAUCAUUGAAGAUAAGAUGUCUUUGAAGAAAUUAUUAGUGGAUCAGAUGUUUAAAUAUUAUGAUUCAGACAACAAUGGACUUAUAGAUAGCAAUGAACUAACACAGGUAAUAAAACAAGAUGAACUUGGCAAGGAUAUGUCUGACUGCUCUCUUUUUGAUCUGUUGAAAUAUGAUGAUUAUAAUAGAGACAAGCAUCUUGGCCUGGAAGAAUUCUAUAGAGCAUUCCAGGUAAUACAACUGAGCCUGCCAGAAGAUCAGAAAGUAAGCAUUACGGCUGCGAUAGUUGGACAAAGUGCCGUUCUAAGUUGUGCCAUUCAGGGGACUUUGAGACCUCCAAUCAUCUGGAAGCGGAACAAUGUCGGUCUGAAGAGUUUAGAUUUAGAAGACAUCAAUGAUUUUGGAGAUGAUGGGUCUCUAUAUAUUACUAAGAUUACUACAACUCACAUGGGGAAUUAUAGCUGCUAUGCAGAUGGCUAUGAUAAAAUCUAUCAGACUCAUAUUCUUCAAGUGAAUGUUCCACCUGUCAUAAGAGUUUUCCCUGAAAGCCAAGCUAGGGAGCCAGGAGUGACAGCCAGUCUUCGAUGCUAUGCUGAGGGUAUUCCCAAUCCAGUGCUUGGUUGGUUGAAGAAUGGAAUUGAUAUAACUCCAAAGUUAUCCAAACAGUUAACUCUUCAAGCAAAUGGCAGCGAAGUCCAUAUUAGCAAUGUACGUUAUGAAGAUACAGGAGCAUACACUUGUAUUGCGAAGAAUGAAGCAGGAGUUGAUGAAGACAUCUCUUCCCUUUUUGUAGAGGAUUCUGCACGGAAAACCCUUGCUAACAUAUUAUGGAGAGAGGAAGGUCUGGGAAUUGGUAAUAUGUUCUAUGUGUUUUAUGAAGAUGGAAUCAAAGUGAUACAACCAGUAGAGUGUGAAUUCCAGAGACACAUCAAGCCUAAUGAAAAGCUCCUUGGAUUUCAGGAUGAAGUCUGUCCAAAAACUGAUGGGGAUGAAGUCCAGCGAUGUAUCUGGGCAUCAGCUGCUAAUGUCAAGGAUAAAUUCAUAUAUGUAACUCAGCCGACUUUGGACAGAGUGCUAAUUGUUGAUGUACAGUCUCAAAAAGUUGUGCAGGCUGUAAGUACAGAUCCAGUUCCAGUGAAACUACAUUAUGAUAAAUCACAUGAUCAAGUAUGGGUGCUUAGUUGGGGAAGCUUUGAUAAGGAUUCUCCUACACUACAAGUGAUAACCCAGGCCAGUGGAAGUAUUUCUCAUCACACGAUUCACACUCAACCAGUGGGGAAACAGUUUGACAGAGUGGAUGACUUUUUCAUUCCAUCUGCAACUCUCCUUAUUACCCACAUAAGAUUUGGAUUCAUUCUUCACAAGGAUGAGCCUGUACUCCAGAAAAUUGAUCUUGAAACAAUGUCAUAUAUCAAGACAAUUAGUUUAAAGGAUUACAACUGUGUUCCAAAGACUCUGGCAUAUACACAUAUUGGAGGAUAUUAUUUUGUCAACUGUAAGCCUGACACUACUGGAGCUAUUCCACCACAAAUAAUAGUAGAUAGUGUUACUGACUCAAUUAUUGGAUAUAAUGGUGAUGUAACAGGAUCUCCAUAUAUUUCUCCAGACGGUCACUACAUAGUCAGCAUUGAUGAUGUGAAAGGUGUCAUGAAGGUCCAGACAAUUACACUAAGAGGAGAAAUACAAGAUACCUUUGACAUUCACACAAACUUGCACAUAUCUGAUGUGGCUUUCCAACCAUCAUUUACUGAAGCUCAUCAAUAUAAUGUCUUCGGUAGCUCUAGUACACAGACUGAUGUCCUUUUUGUAGAACUGUCCUCUGGGAAGGUGAAGAUGGUGAAGAAUCUUAAGGAACCUCUUAAACCAGAUGAAUGGCCUUGGAACAAUAAGAACCGAUUAAUUGAAGGCAGUGGGCUCUUUGGUCAGUACCUGAUGACACCUUCCAAGGAAUCCUUGUUUAUUCUAGAUGGACGAUUAAAUAAGCUUAAUUGUGAAAUCACUGAAGUUGAGAGAGGAAAUACAGUAAUUUGGGUUGGAGAGGCAUAAAGAACCACAUUAGAUAACACCCAAAUGGAUAUAGUUUUACAGUACAUUGCACUUAUCUUCAUUCUCUAAAUUGUUAUUAUUUUAUAUUAAAGAUGUUAGACCCUUCUGUACAUGUUGUGUGGUUGACUAAAAUGGAAUUUUGGUGAAAUAAAAAAUGCUUAAAUUGUGAGAAAUAUGUACUGUUGGUAAUCUCCAUGGGGAAAAGUGGCCAAUUUGUGACAAUAUUAUAUUAUAAUAAAUACAAAGGGUAUAUGACAAAAUGAUGCCACAUUAUAACAACAACAGCAACAACAAAAAUAAUUCAUUGAAUUGCUAAUAUUACACACCACGUGCAUAGUUAGGUUUUUGCAUUAAAACACUAUGCCCUGUCCUGACCACUCUUUGAUAUUUUUGUGCCUUGAACAGAAAUGUCUCAUAAGGAAAGAGAAGCCUACAAACAGGUAAUUGUAUUCUUGUGGUUAUAAGUUCUCUUUAUCUUGUGCAAAGUUUUUAAUAUCUCAAUUUUUUUCAUCUCCACAAAUUUUAAGGCAUAGUUUUAAAUCAAAGGACAAAAAUAUAUUUGCAACAUUUUGUGCUAUCAUUUUUAUUACUACAGCUUGAAGAUAUGGUUAUUUUUAUUACAAUUUAAGGUUAAAAUUUUGUUAACUGUUCAUAUUUUAACUGUUACUUUUCCACCUACAAAACAGUUGCAUCAACUUGGUAUAGUUUAGUUUUAUUGAAGAGAAACAUAAUAUCUACCUGCUUAGGAGAAAAUGUUUAUUUAAAAUCAAUACUAAGGGUUAUUUAAAUUGGCAAAAAAAUAAUGUCUUACUAUAAGUUCAUUUUAAAACAAUAUGCUUAAUAAUACACUUUACACAGUAAUCCUAUAUAUGUCUAUUCAGAAGUAAGUUCCACUCAAUUCAAGAGAAUUAAAAAUGAUACUUUGUCUACUGAAAAAAAUCACACUGAAUUCAAUUUUUCUUACUCCUAGUUGCGUAUAAGAUUGUAUGUUUCAAGUUUCUUUCUGAAAGUACAGUACACUGAAAUCAAUAAAAUUCACAAUUAAAUAAAUGAUUCAUAUCAUCUUGCUAAAUAGUACCACUUUUGCAUAUACAAUGUUUAUCAUAUAUGCCUUUUGUCAGUACUCUUGAUAAAAGUAAUUUUUUAACUUAUUACUGCCAUUAGCUUUCUAUUUCAUGGUAUUUAUGGUUAUUUUAGUUUAUAAACUGCCACAUAGUUAGGGAUGUUGUUUAUAUGCCUACACAGAAACAAUUAAGGUUCUAAAAUUUAGAAUUAUUGUAACCACUAAAAGAGAAAAUAAUAUCUGUGCUGUAUUUUUCUUCAGGUUUUUAGAUUGGUCUGACUAUUGUUAUCAUUUUAAAAAUUGGGUUUCUGUACCUGAAACUUUUAAACUGAUAUUUGAUACAAUGCAAUCAAAUAUUUUACUCUAAUAGGUAAAGUUAAUUAGAAAUUUCUAUUUUCUUGUCUCUCAUUAAGUAUCCUGGACUAUGAAACAGUAGACUUCUCUUUAGAUUAAGGAAACUGACUGAUAAAUUUAACUGAACAACAAAAAUGACUUUAAAUUUCUUACUUCUGAAUCUUUUUAGCAAUUUUCCCCAUUGUGAUAAUAACAGUAAUUACUACAGAAUAAAAGAUUCUGUGAACAGCCUGUUACUUUAUGAUUUACAGUAGUUCAUCUCUUCUACAUUUUUCUGAUCUAUCCUACAUAUGUGAGUGUUCUGUAUGUAGAAAAUGCUUGAUGAAAAGAAAAUAAACCUUUUACAUUUUAAA